GGGCUGGGCCAGGCGGCGGCGAUGCCGGGCCGGGCGGAGCCGUCGGGGGGCCGCGCGGCGGUGCCGGUGCCGCUUCCCGUCGCGGUGGCGGCGGCCCCGAGCCCGGCGUCGGUUCGCAGCGCCCUCCCCGAGCGGUCGGCGCGUCCGGGAGGAGCGGGGCUGCGGGCCAAGGGCUUCGCCAUCACCGACCUGCUGGGGCUGGAGGCCGAGCUGCAGCCCCCCCCCGGGGCCGCCCCCGGGCCCGCCGGCGGCUACGAAGGCGGCGGGGCGCUGGGGCUGGGGCUGGGGCUGCUGUGCGGCUUGGCGGGGCCCGGAGCCCCCUGCCUGCUGCCCGCCCCGCUGCCGCUGCUGCCCGCCCGCGGCCCCCGCCCGGGUCCCCCCGGGCCUCCGCCCGCCGCCCGCCGCCACAAGGAGAGUGCCUCCGAUGAGGACAGCCUGUCCGGGGACGCCAGCGAGCUGAAGAUGCCGGCUUCGCAGAUCAAGAGGAAGAAGCGGCGGCACAGGACGGUGUUCACGGCCCAUCAGCUGGAGGAGCUGGAGAAGGCGUUCAACGAAGCUCACUACCCCGACGUGUACGCCAGGGAGAUGCUGGCGGUGAAGACGGAGCUGCCCGAGGACCGCAUCCAGGUUUGGUUUCAGAACCGAAGAGCCAAGUGGCGGAAGCGGGAGAAGUGCUGGGGCCGGAGCAGCGUGAUGGCUGAGUACGGCCUCUACGGAGCCAUGGUGCGGCACUCCAUCCCUCUGCCCGAGUCCAUCAUCAACUCUGCCAAGAGUGGGCUGGUGGGAUCCUGCGCCCCGUGGCUGCUGGGCAUGCACAAGAAGUCCAUGGAGGUGAGCAGGAAGGCGGAGAGCCAGGAGAAGCCGGCAGAUGGCUGGCAAGCGGAGCAGGAUGGAGAGGAACUCCAAGGGAAGCAGGCCAGUUCCCAGAGGAGCUCCGAAAAGCUUGGCCCUGCGAAAGAUCCCGAAGACACAGCCAUCGACCUCUCCAGGACAGCCAAGCAGGAAAAGAGGAGCGUACUGAGACAGUGCAUCAACGGGGACCCCAGCACAGAGCAGAAGGACAGGGACCACUGAGCUUGGGCCACCCCGGAAGAGGCCAGAGCUCACAGCUUUCAUGGGAGAUCAGAAUACUUACUGGUUUAUUGAUAUAUCUCUAUAUUUUUUCUGAAAUAAUUGAACUUUUAUCUGAAUUCAGGGCAUCUUUAAACUGGAUACCUUCCUCCCGACUCUAUUCCCUCACUUAGCUGUUCACUUCUCAGCAGAGCACAGGUGAAGCCAGGUUGGAGGCUGGGAGAGGUGUCCCAACACAGCCGACAGCAGUGUGAAAAUGGGACCAUCCUUUGGGCAGCACAGAUGGCUGCUCAGGAGAGCCCCCCUUCUCUGGGACGUGUCCCGGGCUAUCCAAGAGCACAAAGAGCAGCAGUGCCAUGGGAAUCGCUCCCAUACCCGGGUGCAGAGAUAGCGCAGGUCGUGGACGCCUUCUCUGAGCACUUCCAGCCCUGCACAGCACCCAUGUGGUGGUUCCCUCUGCUUCGGGCACACGAUUCUUCCACCUCAAGGAGCAGCAGGGCUUUUAAACACGGUAGGGUCCAUCCUCAGGCUGGUGUAACUCGACCAGUUUAUACCUCCUGAGGAUCUGGCCUGCCAAUGCAGCCUUACCACUGGAUUUACACUGUGUAGCUUCCUUAACUCAUGUUUGGGAGAAGGGGGUAAAACCGUUUUUGUUUAUGCAAUGAUUUUGUACACUCUUGAAUGUUAUCUUCCAUACUAUGCAUAAUAGAACAGAAAACGAAGCCAUAGCACCCUGGAACAAUUGAACAGUCUCGGGAACUGACGUAAGAGAAUACUUUGUCUGUAAAUAGUGUAAUGUCAGAGCUUGUUUCUUGGUCGUCCUAUAUUUAUGUCUUAAAAGCACUUUAGUGAUCUGGAUUUUUGAAUGUGGCUGUUCCUGUUUUGUCCACCAUUUAUUUAUUACACACCCGUAAGUAAAAUUGUGGCGUAUCUUUGGUUUUCAUGCUCCA